AUGACGGUCCUCCCUGUAAUGCCGUGCACACGACAUUCCCCUAGUAAUGCGGCGCCCUCUACAAUCCUCCCAGUAAUGCGGCGCCCACGACAGUCCUCCCAGCAACGCGGCGCCCACGACAAUCCUGCCAGUAAUGCGGCACCCAUUACAGUUCUCCCAUUACACGGCACCCAUGACAAUCCUGCCAGUAAUGCAGCACCCAUGACAGUUCUCCCAGUACAUGGCACCCACGACAAUCCUCCCAGUAAUGCAGCACCCAUUACAGUUCACCCAGUACACGGCGCCCUCAACAAUCCUCCCAGUAAUGCGGCAGUCAUGACAGUUCUCCCAGUACACGGCACCCACGACAAUCCUCGCAGUAAUGCGGCGCCCAUGACAGUUCUCCAAGUACACGGCGCCCACGACAAUCCUCCCAGUAACGUGGUGCCUAUGACAAUCCUCCCAGUAACGGGGUGCCCAUGA